AUGGCUAGGACCAAGCAGACGGCGAGAAGGAGUGCGGACGGGAAGGCCCCGCGCAAGCACGUAGCUCUAAAGGCCGCUCGUGUUACGAAACAAGAUCAAGACCUUCGGAACAAUGUCAUGUUCCAGUUGUCUUCCCGUACGGACAUCGUAAAAGUUUCUAAGUCAAGUUCCGCCGUCGUCCUUCCUCAUGACUACCAUAUAUGGGUUAAAAGCGGACAUCGGCGGUACGACGUAACACGAGCUGAGUUCGAGGCCCUUUUGGGGCAUCAUAUCCCCGAGUUGCUCAUUCGAAAAGAAGCCUGUGAGUUCACUGUCGACGACCUGGCACGCUUCCGGGUGACCAAUUCGGUCAACGACACAAGCCGUCCCAACACCAUUACAGAAAACGAGUAG